AUGAUUGAUAUUAAUCUCUUAUGAGAGGACUGGUGGGAGAUCACCCAAGAAGAGACAAUGCUUAUGAACCUUGGAGAAGUAUUCAAGGAGCCAAAGUAUAAGGAGAUUAUUAAGAUAGCUACACUUUCAGAGUGUGUCACAGUUUCCAUUGUUUAUGUAAUAAGUCUACAUCUUGAGACCCCACCUUCGAUAAUCUUAACGAUCUUGAAAAAUAUGCUGUUUUAUAUCCAUCAAAACUUUCUAGUACAGAUUAAGCUGAUUCUUUCAAGGUUGCCGCAAGAAAGUAGAGAUAAUGUAUGGGCUCAUUCUCUACAAAACAUGGUAGAUAGCAAGGGUUUAAAGACUAAGAAGAAGCCAGAGUUAUUUGCUCUCCUUAACCACAACAACACACAACUGGUUGCCUUCAUACAGAAAAUAUGAGACGGGAGAUUGACUUUGCAGCAAUUGGCUAUAGCCAAGAAUUUAUCAGAGAGCCAGAUGAUGGAAAGCGAACAAUUUAGUAUAAACUUCUUUUUAUCCCCUUUGGCACAGACCUUCCUGAUCCUCUCUGAAGAAAUCGUUAUGAAAUCAGAUCUCUUCAGUGUUGAAUCAGCUAGAGAAGAUCUUAUUAAUACUCUUGAAGGGUUCAACUCAGCUAUGGUACUCAAAAGAGAGCAAGGGGAUAUUCAUGAUAUGUAUAAGAUUGGAGGCACUGCCUUUGGAGAUAAUGAAGAGCUUCAGGUAGUUGAUCCUCCCUAUCUUCCUCCUCUUACUGAGAAGCAACAAGCUAAUACUUAUACGUUAGUGCUCGACCUUGAUGAGACUCUUGCUCAUUAUUUUGAGGUUGGCCAAGAAGGAAGAUUUUUGACAAGGCCUGGGUGUCAAAACUUUUUGAAAACUAUGAGCAAAUACUUUGAAAUAGUAAUCUUCACAGCAGCAAUACAGGACUAUGCAGAUUGGGCAAUUGACCAAUUUGACUCUGAAGGAUAUAUAAAGUAUAGGCUUUACAGACAACAUGCUCUUCGAUGUGGCUCUGUAUAUAUUAAAGAUCUUUCCAGGCUUGGAAGAGACCUUCGGAAAACAAUUAUAGUUGACAACGUCCCUGAAAAUUUUCAACUCCAACAAGACAACGGUAUUUUCAUUACAUCCUGGUUUGAUGACGUAACAGACACUGCUCUCACAGAACUAUGCACAAUUCUCAAAGAUAUCGGCAGUCAUAAGGGUAGAGACCUUCGUGAAGAGCUCAGAAAAUACAGGGACCUUCAAUCCUGCAACUCAGAAGCCAGUGAGUACCAAGAAGACUAA